CCGAAAUCGCGAACAGUAUUAUUCGGUUGCGAAGCUUUGGAGAGUGCACACGGCUCCGCUUUAUGUAGGCUUGAGCGGCGCAGUUCUGGCUGAAGUUUGAAUGAAAAAGUCGUCUAAAUGGUUUAUGUGAAGUUUAAAAUUAAUACUUAGUAAACGAUUUAAGCUAAAAUCAUGUAUACGCACACCUUAUUCGUAGUUAUACUGCAUAUGAUGCACAUGUCGAUGUGCACAAACGUGAAAAUAAACUUCCGAGAGAAGGAAAAAGAGGUUCUCGAUCAGAUUUUGGGUCCGGGACGGUAUGAUGCCAGAAUUCGGCCAUCAGGAGUGAACGGUACAGAUGGUCCCGCUAUUGUCAGGGUCAACAUAUUUGUGAGAAGUAUAUCAAAGAUAGAUGACGUAACUAUGGAAUACAGCGUCCAGCUGACGUUUCGAGAACAAUGGCUAGACGAGAGAUUAAAAUUCAAUGAUUUUGGGGGUCGAUUAAAAUAUUUGACUCUUACUGAAGCAAACAGGGUCUGGAUGCCCGAUCUGUUUUUCUCAAACGAGAAAGAAGGCCACUUUCACAACAUUAUCAUGCCCAAUGUCUAUAUUAGGAUUUUCCCUUAUGGUUCUGUUUUAUAUAGUAUAAGAAUAUCGCUAACUUUAUCCUGUCCAAUGAAUCUGAAACUGUAUCCGUUAGAUAGACAAAUUUGUUCCUUAAGAAUGGCCAGUUACGGCUGGACGACCGAUGAUUUAGUGUUUUUGUGGAAAGAAGGUGAUCCCGUGCAAGUGGUAAAGAAUUUACACCUGCCACGUUUUACUUUGGAAAAGUUCUUAACCGAUUACUGCAACAGCAAAACUAAUACAGGGGAGUACAGUUGUUUAAAGGUGGACCUUCUCUUCAAAAGGGAAUUCAGUUACUAUUUAAUUCAAAUCUACAUACCCUGCUGCAUGUUGGUAAUCGUGUCCUGGGUCUCCUUCUGGCUGGAUCAAGGUGCAGUUCCUGCAAGAGUAUCUCUGGGUGUAACAACUCUACUAACCAUGGCAACCCAAACUUCUGGAAUUAACGCAUCACUGCCGCCUGUAUCGUACACAAAAGCUAUCGAUGUAUGGACAGGCGUAUGUCUGACCUUUGUGUUUGGUGCUUUACUUGAAUUUGCAUUGGUCAACUAUGCGUCCAGAUCUGACAUGCACCGAGAAAACAUGAAAAAACAAAGAAGACAAUGCGAGUUGGAACAUGCAGCAUCUCUGGACGCCACAUCCGACCUCCUUGAUACAGAUAGCAACGCUACCUUUGCAAUGAAGCCUUUGGUACGGCACCCCGGCGACCCGAUGAACAUGGAUAAAGUGAGACAAUGCGAGAUUCAUAUGCAGCCGGCUCGGCCCAAUUGCUGUAGAUCUUGGCUUUCAAAAUUCCCGACCAGAUCCAAACGCAUUGAUGUAAUUUCGAGAAUCACAUUCCCUUUGGUUUUCGCCCUCUUCAAUGUUAUUUAUUGGAGUACUUAUUUGUUCAGAGAGGAAACUGAAGAGUCCUAAGCUGUUUUUUAAUUGUUUUUUAUUUUUUUAAGGAAUCAAUUACAAGGUACUAUUCUUAAUUUUUUUUUAUUUAGGUAUAAAAUCGAUACUCAUGCAACUCGUAGCUGAUUCCAUAGGAGAUAAAUGUUUUUCAUAAAUGGAAUUGUCUUCUUCUGACUCAUUCGCGCCAGACAAUUUCACUAUUCAUUAUUGUUUUCCAAAGAGAUGCAAAAUAUUUUGGAACGCGAUUUUUGUUGCAGUGCCAAAGUGAUUUUAUUUUGGAAGAGAUUUAAUCAGUAUUAUUUUAAGACGGACAUUGUAGCCAAACAUUAAAAAUAAAUGCUGAGCUCAAAAAUUUGUCUUCCACUGUAUUUUCUUCCAUCGAAGUAUUUUGCAACUUUUUACAACUAAAUUGCUCACUAAGAACCAGAAGAAAAUAAUUCGAACAAUACUAUAAAUGUAAAACCCUUCAUUAUUUCUGUCUACAAAAGGCUAAUUUCAUAUACAAGAGUUUUUUACUGUGUCCUUUUGGGCCAUUGGGCAUUUUUAGGUAUUGAAGGGAAAAAAAUCACCAUUUUUAUAAUAUUAAUUAGUGUUGCAACAGACCUCUGCUUUUGCAUCCGCAAAUGCAGAAGUUCUGCUUCUGCAUUUGGUUUUGCAUUUUUUAUAUCGGAAAAUUACCCUUACCGAAAUGACGAUUUUUUUCAUCUAAAUUAUGUGAAAUUAGACCAUAUUUUGGUUGAGUUUUGAACUAUUUACUAUAUGUAUGAAUGGUAUAAAAAUCCUCCACCCAGUAUAGAAAAUUACUACGGCCUUAGACUUAGAAAUAAGGCCUUUUUAAAAUUGAGUGAUAGUACAUGUAGAUGUAGGAGGGUUUAACGUAAUAAAACUUAUUAUAAGGAUUCGGACUACCUAAAUUAGGUAUGAAUGUUAUGCUUUUUAUAAGUUACAAAAUUGUUAUUUUUAAUAACAAAUUGGAUAAGCGAUUGGUUUAUAAUAAAAAAUGAGGUUGAUAAAUAAAACAGGCACAAAUAAAAUUGUAUUCCUACAGAAAUUGUUAUUAAAUUCAUGUUCCUUAAUACAUAUAUAUAAAAUAAGGAACGUACCUAAAAAUCUUAUUUCUACAGGGUGAUGAAUACAUGUGUGACAUGGUCAAUCUAAUAUUUUAUAUUGGACAUUAGCUUUAAGUUAUUUAUUUCUUGUUAUUAUUUUGUACAGUUUUAUAGUAUUAGGACAUUUUUAUUAUUUUGAAGAGGUCAUAUAUACUUUUUGGACAUUAUGUCUGAACAGUAUUGAUCCUUCAUUAUUAAUCAAACCAAAUGUGAAUAUACAUAAUUAAAAUGUAAUAAAAUGUAGAAAUA